AUGGUUUCCCUAUGGUCCAAACUUAUCAAGAGACGUCGGUCUCGAGCGGCACGAGAGGCACACGGCCUGUCAGGUGUUGACGGUGAGCUCCAGCAGAUCCGCCUUCUCAUGUUACAUCCAGCAUCGGAACACACUGCUCCUGUCUCUUGCUCAUUGGAGACAGUCUCUUUGCUCAGCGACCCCAAGCCUAUGUACGAAACAAUCUCGUACGUAUGGGGAGCAGCUAAUGAAAGAGAGCGACUUACUGUCAACGGCAUGGAAACGCAUGCUCCUGCAAGUGCUGUCCAGGUCCUUCGACAGUUCAGACAUAAGACCAUCAUCCGUGUUGUCUGGAUCGAUGCCGUCUGCAUCAAUCAGGCCGACAUCGCCGAGAGGAAUCAACAAGUGGCUCUCAUGGCUGACAUAUAUUCAAGCUGCAAUCGAGCAUUGGUCUGGCUUGGCGAGGACGAUGAUUUCGCUGCGUUGGCAAGCACUGCCAUCGAUGCCAUCCUUGAUGACGCCGAGUCGGCCACCAACGGCAUGCAGCACUUCAUGGAGCUUGCUCCUCAGAGUGGUAUCAGCGAUCAUGCUGUUCGCGAACUCAAUGGCCGUGUAAGCCUUGUCUCUUUCUAUCGCUUGUGCUCUUUGCCUUGGUUCGGCCGGCUUUGGGUUGUCCAAGAAGCUGCCCUCUCGCCUGAAGUCAUGGCCCGAUGCGGAUCUGUAAACAUCCGUCUCGAACGCAUUCUUAGGGCGGCUCGCUGGAUCCGGUACCAUCUCCCUGACGUCCCCUCGGGUAACCCCUACAACGUUGGGCAGGUCAGGAUGAUGUGGCCAUUGGUGGAUAGAACUUACGGCACAUUCGCGCCACAAUCUCGGUAUCGACUCUCGCUACUCGCGCUGCUGGACUUUCUCCGCAGCUAUCAGUGUUUCGAUCCACGCGACCAUAUAUAUGGAAUACUUGGACUGUACAGACAGCACAUUAACAUAGUCAUCCCAGAAGCCCUGCUUCCAGACUACAACAAGCCCCUGGGACUUCUACUGCGAGACACCACAAGGCUAGCAUUCAGUCUGGCGUGCGAGGACCCUCGAGCUGGCUGGCCCCUGUCCAUGUUGGCAAAGACAUUUCGUACUGCUGAAGACCUUGCAGCUUCGCCCUCUUGGACUGUAGCUUGGCAUCGAACAAGGGACGAUCAGGGAGAUCCAUCACUAUUUAACAGCAUCUACAGCGUGGACGAUGGCAAGCCUGCCUACCUGUAUCCAUCCACGGAAGGUCAAGAUGACGAACUCGUGCUAUCAGGCUGCCAUGUAUCAAAAGUCAUGGCACUCUUCGUACCCUUCGAUGAGGAUGCCUUCGAUUCGAACGAAGCGGUUCUCGGGUUCCUACAAACCAUUCGAGCUGUUUCGGACGCUCUCUCUGGCGGCGCAAUUGAUGAGACCGCUAUAGCAUGCACGCUCGUUGCUGACUCGCACUUCGAUCAGCGCUGGACUCCUUCCUCGUGCCUGACAGCAUUCGAACAAUUCCAGCAUCAACUCGAGCGUCUUCAACUAUCAGAGUGGCCGAAUUCCUACGAUCCAAAGGCAACGCAACUCGAAUCCGCCGCGGCACAGUACCGCGACAUCAUGUUUUCCGACGUUUGCCCUAAUCGAGCCUGUUUUGUCACAGACGAUGGCCGCCUCGGACUAGGUCCACGGGAUAUAGACUGCGGCGAUUCUGUUGCUAUCCUUUUUGGAUGCCCGUGGCCCAUGGUGCUUAAGCCUCGAGAUACCGACGACGGGCAUUACGAGCUGAGAGGAGCCGCCUAUGUACACGGGAUAAUGGAUGGCGAGGCUGUUCGCGAUCGCAGAAAGAAUGGGCUCGGCCUUGUGAGAAUUCAUUUGCACUAA